AUGUAUGCUUUAUUCUAUGACAAUGAAAAUUUUGAUCAGUAUGUUCAAUGUGAUGUGCCAUUUGAUGCGUUUGAAAAAAGUCGAUCAGUAAAACUUCCCAAAUCAAUUUUUACGUUUGAGACACAUGGUCCCUUUCAACAUACUCUUGGGUUUGGAUAUGAUUCUGUUCGUAAUGACUAUAAGGUGGUAAGAAUAGUACAUACUGAUGAUUAUAUGGGUGGUUUACUAGUACCACCACAUGUUAAGGUUUAUAAGUUGAGCACUGGUGUUUGGCAAGAUAUUGAUGAGACGUUCAGGGAGAUGAUGGUACCGGGUAGUUUAGCUGUGAGUUUUUCGUUUAGUGCGAAUUGGUUCAACCUUUUUGUGUCAGAGGAGUCACUUUGUUUGGCUAAUCGUUUGUUUGAUGAUGAUGGAACAAUUGAUAUUUGGAGGAUGAAAGAGCAUGGUCAUCCAGAAUCAUGGGUGAAACAAUUCAGUAUCAACAGCCACAUUACGUUCAAUGUUGGUAUUGUUGAUGAAAUUUUCUCGUUGUUAAAUGGUGGUCGUCAGCGUCAGGUUACUCAUUUCUUGGUGAAGCCAAUAGCUUCAAGGAAAAAUGGUCAAAUUUUGUGGAGAGCGGACAAUGGAUUGUUGGUUUCAUAUGAUACUUCAGUUGAAAAAAUUGAGAAUCUUGGCAUUAGCAAUGCUAACUUCUUGCCGUAUCGUGAUGCACUUUAUGUUAAUCCUUACAAAGUGAGCCUUAUUUUACUUGAUAAAUGGACAGACUAUUUAUCUGGAAACACCACUAGCUGUGAAGAGUCCAUCUAA